CAGAGAGGUAAAUCUGAGACCAGGUCUAUCUAUGUUCAGUUGUAAUCCAGCUUCCCUCCUGGAAACCAUCAAGGGCAUUUGUCAACGCUUGAAAAAAGUGGAGCUGAGCGACUGAACGUCUCAGCAUCUCCUGGGCCAGUGACCAAAAUGGAAGAAAAUGCAAACACUAGCUUGGAAGAAGAUUUUGAAGGACAAGCUACACACACAGGGCCCAAAGGUGUGAUCAAUGACUGGAGAAAGUUUAAAUUAGAAAGCGAAGACAGAGACUCCUUACCCUUGAGCAAGAAAGAAAUUCUUCGACAAAUGUCUUCACCGCACAGGUCUUUCAGUAAAGAUGAUAAAGACACCAGAGAGAGAUUCUGUCGUAAGAUGAGUAUGCAAGAGUAUGAAUUAAUUCAAGAUGAGAAAGAAGAUGAAAGCUGCCUACAAAAAUACCGCAAACGCUGCAUGCAGGAUAUGCACCAGAGGCUAAGUUUUGGGCCUAAAUAUGGUUAUCUGUGUGAGCUGCAAAACGGAGAACAGUUCCUGGAAGCCAUUGAAAAAGAACGGAAGACUACCACCGUCAUUGUCCACAUUUAUGAAGACGGCAUCAAGGGCUGUGACGCUCUCAACAGCAGCUUAACCUGCCUUGCUGCCGAGUACGCCACUGUGAAGUUCUGCAAGAUCAAGGCCUCCAACACUGGGGCUGGAGACCGCUUCUCAGAUGAAGUGCUUCCCACCCUGCUCGUCUACAAGGGUGGGGAGCUCCUGAGCAAUUUCAUUAGCGUUUCUGAACAAUUCAAUGAGGAAUUCUUUGCUGUGGAUGUGGAGUCUUUCCUAAAUGAGUAUGGGUUGCUACCUGAAAGGGAGCUUCCAGCACUGGGAAAUGGUAACACUGAUGAGCAAGAUGUUGAAUAAUUAGAGAGUCACAAUCCUCACUCUCCCCCCUCAGUAUGUCGUAAAUCCAUCUCAGUAACACCCAUCUCAUUUAGAGAAGGAUUUCUUUGCUUCCUAACUUGUGAGAUACACAUAUAAAUAUUCCUUAACUGUUAGCACGUGAAUUUUACUGAAAACACAUACAACAGCCAGUCCUGUACAUACUUAUUUCUAUACCCGCCACAAGCAAUAGGAAGAACAGGGGAUAACAUUGGUGAUCUCUAAGAAAUCAGGGACCCACAAAAUUAAGGGCCCAGCCAUGCAAAAGACCUACUGCAUUUCAACAGGAACAGAACUGGCCUACCCCUCUUCACAGAAGAAAAGCCAUCCCUGAGCUCUGAAAUUAUGGAGAGGCCUGGCUCAAGAGAUUCAUUUCUCCAUCCACCUUCAGUAGGAACAAACCUCAUCCAACAAGACCUCAACCAGCAGUUUUAAGGACAAAAAAAUAGCCUGAAGUCCUUGCAUUCCUAAAUGGCUUAGGUAUCUCAUAGAACCACAGAAUGGUUCAGGUUGGAAGGGCCUUAAAGGUCACCUAAUUUCAACCCCCUGCCAUGGGCAGGACAUUAUUUUAUGUUUCUGCAUUUAACUUUCAGUAAUUGUGAAAAUACGGAAGUUAGCUCAUCGCUUUUAUUAACUUUGUCAUCCAAAUCACUAACACAA